AUGUCAAUUGUUACCAUAAGGAACGUGGAGUUCCUAAACAAUCCCGCCGAUUUCCUCUCGCCUUACCACUUCAAAGUCACCUUCGAGUGUAUAGCACCGCUGAAAGACGACCUCGAAUGGCGCUUGAUAUAUGUCUCCUCUCCUGGCCGCGAAGAUCUUGACCAAGAAUUGGACGACUGUCUCGUCGGUCCGGUUCCGGUCGGUGUCAACGCGUUCGAGUUCGAAGGUUCUCCCCCGGACCCUGCCAAAAUACCCGUAGAGGACGUGCUGGGCGUGGCGGCAUUGAUCUUGACGGGGAGCUACAGGGAACAGGAGUUUGUGAGAGUGGGAUAUUAUCAGAAUACGGAGUAUAAGGAUGAGCUGGAUCGCGAGAAUCCGCCACAGCAGGUCGCGUUCGAUAGGCUUGUGAGGGAUAUCAGUGCGAAGCCACGUGUCACGCGCUUCCAAAUAAAGUGGGACGUCGCAGCACCACAGGCAGGACAAACCGCGGCAGGCGCGGCUACAUCUGCGGCCGUGCCCUCUGCUGAUGACCUGGACGAUGGUUCGGGCGACACUACUAUGGCGGACGCGACGACAGUCGGUGCUGCAGUACCGUAG